GCACACAUCUAUUCUUUAGGUGCAACGUUGAAAGCAGCGAUAGAAUAUCUAGUAGAACCUGAGACAGAAUCAGAAUUUGGGCAAGAUCUGCAUACACUGCUGGAACAAAUGCAAGAAGAAAAUCCUGAAAAUAGGCCAGAUAUUGAGAGCAUUUUGUCAUUAUGUGAAGAAAAACUGAAGAUUGCUUCAUCAAGUAAUAUUUGCCAAAGCCUAUCUGCUGUUGGAAGAAGGGUUCUUUCAAUUGAAUCAUUUGGUCCUUCUCAAGAUGUCUGUGAUAACAUGUGGAAGGGAAGAAUGUGUCAGAGAAGUUUGGGAUCUAAAUUAUAUUCAAAUGAGAAAAACAACAUAGCAGGUGAUUCGUCUGCAGUGGAAGAUGUGACAGCUACCUGUCAUAAGGACUCUUCUGUAGUUACUAUGGUGACUGGCAGAGAAAGUGGUUUAAAGGAAAUGCAAAUUGACCUGGAUAAUGAGAAAACUCAACAUUCUCGACUUGCAACUGAAGCUAAAAAGAGCAAAGAAGAGGACAAACAUGCAGUGUAUACUGACAGUUUUGCUAGUAUUGCUUUGGAUAUAAAAUCAUGUGUUACUGACCUGGAGAGAGAUGGCAUUUUUGAGAAAGGUUCUUUGAGAAAAAUUAAAACCUUUCCAAAGCUACCACUUGAACCUUCAGACACAAAUAACUUUUUUACUCCUGUAACCAACAGUGGACCACUAACUAGGAAAAGUCACUUGCUAACACAAGAGUCACUACCUCUAGACAAUAAUAAUGAGGUUGCUUUUUCAAAGGGAAAUCUUAAUUCAUUUGCUCUUAGUAGUCCACCAAAAAUAGAACCAAAGAAUCACCAGGUUAAUGAUCUUCACUUAGAAGCUCCGUGUGUAUGCACACAGGUGUCUGGCAUGAAUCUAGAAGAACAUAUGUCACUUAUUAAUGGUAAAAAGAUAGAUUUUGCUUCAUCUGAUCACAAAGAUGACUGUUCUGAUGCUACCUCUGAAAUGCCAAAUACAGCUGGUAAGCUAAAAGUCCCAAACCAAUCAAUUGCUGGAGCAAAAAUGCUAGACAAUUACAAGGCAUUGGAAGACUCUUCUGAAACUUUUCAAGGGUCAAAUGAAAAUUCUUUACCACAUUUUAACAAGAUGGCUUCAGUGUUAACAGCAAAACCCAGUGGGAACAGAUAUGGAUCAACCCUAAUUAGGUCUCCAGAAUUAAGCAACGGUGUGAUGAGUGCAAACAAUAAUGAAGAUAAUCUUUGUGGAGGCAGAGGGUCAGAAAUCAAAAGUAAUGAGCAGUGGAUCUCUCUAAAACUCCUGUUGUCCUGGUAUGGUAAACCUCUGAAAGACUGUGAACUCUGGGCUUUAUGUCAUGAGUGUUUAUGUACUCUGCAGACUUGCAUAGAUUAUCCAGUGGUCUUAUGUUUGGACUCCGUGCUGAUUGACUGCCAUGGAAGUAUCCUCUUUGCUGCUCCAAGAGCUGAAGAAUCUUGUGAUAUAUUUUAUUUAGCUCCUGAAAUUGAAGAAGAGGAUGUAGAUACUGAGAAGGUCUGCAUUUAUAGUGUUGCUGCAGUUCUGUGGAUGGCUGCGAAGUACAGUGUCCCACCGAGUCACAAACUAGCACUGCCAAGAAAAUUUAAAAAGCUUCUUCUGGAUAUGGCAAGAAAAAACCCUGAAGAAAGACCUUCUUUAGCUGAUGCAAUUAAGACUUGCAGUCGUUAUUUACUUGAACAAGGUAUAAACAGCAAAUAUAUUUUGGCAUUGUUGAAUGAAUCUGUCUUUAAGGCUGUUGAGGAAGAAGUAGUCUCAUCUCAAGAUAAUAGUGCUUUUGAAUUUAAAAAUGACAACCAUGAAAUGGACCCUUCUGAGUCAAGCCUAGGAUUUGUGCCUAUUACCAGUGACAGUAAACUUGUAGCAGUUGAAGGACCAGUACCAUGCCAGAUUUCUCUAAAUUGUGAGAAAGCUACGUUACCUGUCGCAUUCACCUCUCCCGCAACUCACUUUAAGCCUAUUAUUCUGCAACAAAGUGCAAAUAUAACAAAAGAAGUUCACACACCAGUUUCUGAGCAAUUCAGGAAAGAGACAAGAAAAGAAAAACACAUGGACCACAACAAAUCAGAGUAUAUAGAAGACUCUAAAAGCUACGGUACUGAGGACACAGGUGUUGUUGAAACCGCACCUGAAGUACCUGAGUGUGAUUUACAAGUUCCAUGCCACUCAUCCCAGAUAUCUUCAGAAGAUCAAGAGCCAGGCGAUACAUUUACUUCUGUGGUUACAUUACCAGCACCAUCUGAUUCCUCACAUAUUCUACAGGAAAAGAGCAUUUUAUCUGAAGUUCCUUCGAGCUCCUUAGCUUGUCCUACAUCUCCUAAUUUUCUUCAUAUAAAUAACAUAAUUCUCAAACAGCAUUCAGAGAAAAGAGUUUUGACGUUUGUGCCAGUACAUUUAGCUGUAUCAGAGCAAAUACCACAUAAACCUCUUCGUUCAAGAAUUGUUUAUGAUUGCUAUCAUAGUUUGCCAGUGCUACUUUCAAGUACUAUUGCAAGUUAUAAAAUAGGCACACAAGCAAAAAAUGAUGCCCCCUUUUGCAAAGUGCAAAACUGUGAGACUGCUGAUACACAGAACAAGUUUAAUAAAAGUAACCAAGUUAUUCAAACCAACGACCAAGAAACUGAGUGUUCUACCAGUGUAGACAGUAUUUUCACUGAACAAGAAUACUUACCAUGUACCUCAGUCAAUCAAGACGAUUCUCAAUUCUUUGAUGUUGAAGUCCUGCCCCAACAGAGCAGCACAAGUGACACUGCGCUGCAGAAAGUGGUUCAUCUUAUACAAGAGGAGUUUGCAUUUGAUGGCUAUCUAGAAAAUGGAGAUGAAGUUUUUGGUAUGGGUAACUUCAUUUUAAACUUAAAGGAAAUUAAGUUUGGUGUGUUCUCUGAUAAAAUUUGUGAGAAGUUUUGUGACCUCUUCUGGGAUGAAAAAUUACUGGAGAAUCUCUAUCAGGUAGUACAUGGAGAAAGACCUUCACAUUUAUG